CAGCUGAAGAUACACUGCUAUCCUUUUCGGAUUACUUUGUUUACAAGACAAUGUCCAUGUGACUUGGAGUCUACCAGGCGGUUUUGACCUAAGCCCCCUCCCCACUUUUCUGUACUUUUAUGUAUUGGUGGGGCAUUGGAGCUUUUUGGAGCUGUGGUUUGUGUGGAAAUUUUGAUCCGUUUUGAAUCAAAGGAGUAGACAGUUCUAGCAAUGAGCUCCCAAAGCCAUCCAGAUGAUGAUGGGAUUUUUUCAGAUGGACUUUCUGGCCGAGACCAGCCAGUAGAGCUGCUAAAUCCACCCCGAGUGAACCACAUGCCUAGUACUGUGGACGUGACCACAGCCCUGCCCUUGCAAGUCGCACCCUCUGCCGUGCCCAUGGACCUCCGUUUGGACCACCAGUUUUCCAUGCCGGGGAGUGAACCCACGCUCCGAGAGCAGCAGCUCCAGCAAGAGCUUCUUGCCCUGAAGCAGAAGCAGCAGAUCCAGAGGCAGAUCCUCAUCGCAGAGUUCCAGAGGCAGCAUGAGCAGCUUUCUCGCCAGCACGAGGCUCAGCUUCAUGAACACAUAAAACAGCAACAGGAAAUGUUAGCCAUGAAACAUCAGCAGGAGCUUCUGGAACAUCAGAGGAAACUGGAACAGCAUCGCCAGGAGCAGGAGCUAGAGAAGCAGCAUAGAGAACAGAAGUUACAGCAGCUCAAAAACAAAGAGAAAGGGAAAGAAAGCGCUGUAGCAAGCACAGAAGUCAAAAUGAAGUUGCAAGAGUUUGUCCUCAAUAAAAAGAAAGCCCUGGCACACAGGAAUCUGAAUCAUUGCAUUUCCAGCGAUCCUCGCUACUGGUAUGGGAAAACUCAGCACAGUUCCCUGGACCAGAGCUCUCCCCCACAAAGUGGAGUGUCCGCCACCUACAAUCACCCCGUGCUGGGAAUGUAUGACUCCAAAGAUGACUUUCCUCUUAGAAAAACAGCCUCUGAACCCAAUCUGAAAUUACGAUCCAGGCUAAAGCAGAAAGUUGCUGAAAGACGGAGCAGCCCCCUGUUACGCAGGAAAGAUGGCCCAGUGGUUACUGCUCUUAAAAAGCGUCCAUUGGAUGUCACAGAUUCUGCCUGCAAUAGCGCUCCUGGGUCUGGUCCCAGUUCUCCCAACAACAGUUCCAAUAAUAUCAGCAAUGAGAAUGGAAUUGCUGGAUCUGUCACAAGUAUUCAAGCAGAGACCAGUUUGGCUCACAGACUUGUGAAUCGUGAAGGCUCAGUAACACAACUUCCCCUUUACACAUCGCCCUCCUUGCCCAACAUAACAUUAGGACUGCCUGCCACUGGCCCAUCCAGUGGGGGAUCAGGACAGCAGGAAGCCGAGAGACUUGCUAUUCCAGCCCUACAGCAGCGGAUCUCCCUCUUUCCCGGCACCCACCUCACUCCUUACUUGAGCACUACGACGUUGGAGAGGGAUGGGGGAACGGCACACAACCCUCUUCUGCAACAUAUGGUCUUACUGGAACAGCCAGCCGCACAAACCCCCUUAGUCACAGACUGGUAUCUUUCAGGCCUGGGAGCGUUGCCCCUCCACGCACAGACUCUGGUUGGCGCCGAUCGAGUGUCCCCGUCAAUACACAAGCUGCGGCAGCAUCGCCCACUGGGGCGCACCCAGUCUGCUCCCCUGCCCCAGAAUGCCCAGGCUCUGCAGCAGCUAGUGAUCCAACAGCAGCAUCAGCAGUUCCUGGAGAAACACAAACAGCAGUUCCAGCAACAGCAACUGCACAUUAACAAGAUGAUACCCAAAGCAAAUGAACCAUCCCGCCAGCAUGAAAGUCACCCCGAGGAGACUGAGGAGGAGCUCCGGGAACACCAGGCACUUUUGGAGGAGCCGUACUCUGACCGGAUUCCCAACCAGAAGGAGGCCCAGGCGUUAGCCAACAUAGUGCAAGUGAAGCAAGAGCCUAUUGAGAGUGACGAGGAGGACACGGAACUGCCCCAGGAGGUGGAGCAAGGGCAGAGACAAGCCGAACAAGAACUACUCUUCAGACAGCAAGCGCUUUUACUGGAACAGCAACGGAUCCACCAGUUGAGAAACUACCAGGCAUCGAUGGAAGCAGCAGGAAUCCCUGUUUCCUUCGGCAGUCACCGGCCUCUGUCCCGUGCACAGUCUUCUCCUGCGUCUGCUACUUUUCCCAUGUCUGUACAGGAGCCACCCACUAAACCAAGGUUCACAACAGGUCUUGUUUAUGACACCUUGAUGCUGAAACACCAGUGUACCUGUGGAAACACCAAUAGCCAUCCUGAACAUGCUGGUCGAAUUCAGAGCGUUUGGUCCCGGCUUCAGGAGACUGGCCUCCGCGGCAAGUGUGAGUGUAUUCGUGGAAGAAAGGCAACUCUGGAAGAGUUACAGACGGUUCACUCUGAAGCCCAUACCCUGCUUUAUGGCACAAACCCCUUGAACAGACAGAAACUGGACAGUAAGAAACUUCUAGGUUCUUUAACAUCAGUUUUUGUAAGGCUCCCUUGUGGUGGUGUUGGAGUGGACAGUGACACCAUAUGGAAUGAAGUGCAUUCAUCUGGGGCCGCGCGCUUGGCAGUAGGCUGCGUCGUGGAGCUUGUCUUCAAAGUGGCCACUGGAGAGCUGAAGAAUGGCUUUGCUGUAGUUCGGCCUCCAGGUCAUCAUGCGGAAGAAAGUACACCAAUGGGCUUCUGCUAUUUUAAUUCCGUGGCGAUUGCAGCUAAACUUCUCCAGCAGAGACUGAAUGUUAGCAAGAUCCUUAUAGUCGACUGGGAUGUGCACCAUGGGAAUGGUACUCAACAAGCUUUUUACAAUGACCCUAACGUUCUUUAUAUUUCACUACAUCGCUAUGAUGAUGGGAACUUCUUCCCAGGGAGCGGAUCACCUGACGAGGUUGGCACAGGACCAGGCGUUGGCUUCAAUGUCAAUAUGGCUUUUACUGGUGGCCUUGAUCCACCAAUGGGAGAUGCCGAGUACUUAACAGCUUUCAGAACGGUAGUAAUGCCAAUCGCUAACGAGUUUGCCCCUGAUGUGGUGCUGGUAUCUUCUGGCUUUGAUGCAGUAGAAGGCCAUCCUACGCCUCUUGGAGGCUAUAAUCUAUCAGCAAAGUGUUUUGGGUACCUGACGAAGCAGCUGAUGGGAUUGGCUGGCGGCCGGAUUGUUCUGGCCCUUGAAGGAGGUCAUGACCUGACAGCUAUUUGCGAUGCGUCUGAAGCAUGUGUUUCUGCUUUGCUGGGAAACGAGCUUGAUCCUCUCCCAGAAAAGGUUUUACAACAAAGAUCAAAUGAGAACGCAGUCCACUCAAUGGAAAAAGUCAUUGAAAUCCACAGCAAGUACUGGCGUUCACUGCAGCGCUUUUCCUCAACAGUGGGAUAUUCCCUAAUUGAGGCUCAGAAAUGUGAGAAUGAAGAGGCUGAGACUGUAACUGCUAUGGCCUCGCUGUCAGUCGGUGUUAAGCAAGCUGAAAAGAGACCCGAUGAAGAACCAAUGGAGGAGGAGCCACCCCUGUAGCAUCCAUCUUGAAGCUGCCGUUCUCUUGUUUGUUCGUCUUUGUCUUGGAGUUCUGCCAAGAAAAUUUCUCAUGUUACUCCUGCGUCCUGUCAUGGUGUUCUUCCAGAAUACAAAAGGACAACCAGGUGUAAAACAACGCAAAUGGAAAAGUCUUUCUGCAAACACACACAUACACACAAACACACACACACACACACACACACACAGUAUAUAACAUAUAAAAUGAAACAAAUGGUGGUGAAGAGCAAAAUCUCAUAAGACGAACAUGAAAAGCUGAGCACUCUUAGCUGUCCCCAAAUGGGACACCAUAAGGAGAGAGUGAAGUCUUUGGCAGAGUUGCCAAAUUUUACAAAAACAAACAGAAAAGAAAAAGGAAAAUCAAAGAUCUAAUAACACAAAAACAAACUUGAUUAAAACUGGUGCUUAAAGUUUGAUUACCCACAAUUCCACAAUCUCCGUUUGAACCACUCGACUCAUCUUGUAGCGUGUUCGUUGGGUUUUUCUUUUCUUUUUUCUGUUUUUAUGGCUCUCACCCAGCCUGUGGGUCACAGACGUUCUCUUUGAAACCAUGACAAUGUACAAUGGUGUAUUUUUAAUGGGGAGAGGGGAAAAGAAGACUAAUCUUUUUUUAUAGAAGAAAAUAAAAGAUAGCCCGAGAAGAGUCGGCUUUAGUUUCUCAAAGCCAUCUGAGGUUGAGAGUUUGUGCCUUUUUUUUAAUGAUCUGAUGGAUUCCACGGGGCUGUUUUUUCUGGAGUUUGAGGAACAAUGCCUUAAGAAAAAAUAAACAGCAGGAGUUUGGGAAAGAUUUUCCCUGGGCUGGUGAAGCCAAGAACUGCCAUCAGCAAGGAAGAGUCUUCGGCUUGUGCUGCCAUGAUCAAUGAAAGCAGGCGCCGGCUGGAGCUUCUCCAAAGUCGUCUCCGAGUUUGGAUUUUUCCAUUUUGUUUUAUUGCUGUUUGACAAAAAAAAUGGAGGUAGUUGCCAACAAAGUGGCAAAUACUGUUGGGUGUUUGAAGUUCAGCAAAUUUAAGACAACUCUAAAGUGUUUUCUCUCCUACGUUAUAUAGCAGUUGAACCUAUCAAUUUGGUUGUUGAAGCAUGUAAUAGGCACACUUGCAGUUUUAAGAUUGGAAUGCUUUUUAUUAAAAGCAAUUAGCAUGAGGUAUUGCUUAAAUUUUAGGUAUAAAUAUAUAUAUAUGUAUAAUGUAUAUUCCAAAUGUAUUCCAAGCUUAGAAACUUGAUUCUUAUGAAAUCUUGAUAAAAUAUUUAUAAUGCAUUUAUAGAAAAAUAUAUAUAAUAAAUGCAGACUGUAAAAGUAACCAUUGAGAGGUCCCUAGUGAGUGACUUAUUUGAGAAUUGGAAUGUAAAGGUGUUUUUGGAGGGGGAUCUAGUUGGAAACUUGAGAGUAUUUUUGAACUAUGGAUUGGAAAGCUUUCAGAUCGCCAACACAUUAGCCACUGGGCAACUACCCUAGAAGUAUGUAUUUUAAUUUAAAGUUUCUAGUUUGAUUUCUUUUCUAAUGGAAACUUCCUCACACACAAAUGAGUUUUUAUAGCAAGGAAUAUAAAUUUGCAGUUGAUUUUUUUUUUUGUAUUGAUACUUCACCAGAAAGAUCCUGAGCAAACCUUGUUUCUGUGAAUUAUACAUUUAUUUUCCAUUUGACAGUUCUUUUUUCCUGAAUGGCAAUAUGAUCUAAACCCCCCUUUCCUUCCUUAAUUUUUGCUUGUACAUUUUUUUAAACUUUUUUAAGUUUUUUAUUAGUUUCUUUUUUGUACAGUGAACAGCUUUCUGCAGGCGUAAAGAACUGUUGCAGUUUGUCAGAGUUUAUUUUCAGAAAGUGAGCAUUUAAUGAAAAGGGGGAUCUGAUGGUCUCUUUUGUAUAAUGAUACCAAUGAUUGUAUAAUUCCUAUGUUCUGUUAUAGUAGCUAUAUAAAGAAGUAAGGAGUUUUCUUACCUUAACAUAGUAGUAUUACAAUGGGUGAUGUAUUAUAUCCUCCGUUUAGAUUGUGAUGAGGAUUAUAUAUGGCAUUUUGUAGCUGCACUGUGGAAGGCUUGCCAGACAAUAUUGGGCAACUAGCGUUAACAAAAAUCAUCUGAAAACUUCUUCCCCAGAUACCAUUGUCAAGAUAGAAGCCAAUCUUUCUUUCCCCAAAGACCUUGGGAGAUAAUGGUUCAUAAGAAUAUCACCAUUGAAAGGGGAUCCAUAGUUUAUCUCCUCUUCCUGUUGAGGUUUUUUCCUACUACCAAUGGCUUGAGCCCUCUCUAAAAAGGCAGCAGCAGAUGCUCAAUUUUACACUAGGUGACUUCAGCAGACCUAAGGGACACAGAGACCCUUCCAAUACAAAGUAGGAUAGUACAGAGCCCUCAUCUGAAUGAACAGAAUCCUUUGUUUUAUUUUCUACGUUUUAUUUUUGGAUUCUUUUUAUUGCCUUUUUGUUACAACUGACAGGGUCACUUACCAAUAACUUAUUUUGCAGGAAUAGAUGUCAAGUUUUCUUUCCAUUUGAAACCCAUUUUCAAAGUGAUUGUUGAGCUUUGGUUUUUUGGUCCGUAUGGCGGUGUUUUCAGAUAGACACUACUUGCAUUGAGUUUUCGCGAACCCCAAAACGUGUAAAUUCCUAAUUCACUGGGUCUAACAUUUCCACAACAGCAAGAGUUGAGCACAAAGAUGAAAUUUCUCUGUAGAUGUCUGACUUUGCUGCUAUAGGUCUAAACUUCAAUUCACUGUGGGAUCCUUUGAUUUCUGCCAAUGAAAUUUUUGCCCAGUUCUGUAGAAAAUAUGCAGAGCCCACAUUUCUUGGAGACUUUCUCAUAUCAUUCUCUGUAAUUCAGCCUGAUACUGAUCACAGUAGGAAAAUCAGUCUCCGCUCCACGUUCUUCCUUCGGUGAAAGCGGUUGCUUGCCGAGCUGAGUGGGCUUGCAUGCUUGCGAUACUUGGGAAAAACUGGGCCUUUCUGGUGCCAUGUUACUUUCAGAUUCAGUGUGUUCGACUCAUUUAGCAGAAUUUUGUUGUCAGUCCGAGGACCUUUAGAGACGUGUCAUCUUUCACUGGUCACCCGCUCCAGAAGGGUAGAAAUUGGUAAGGCCUUCUCGUGUCACGGUUUUCUUUUUUAAUGGCCUUUCAAGCCGAGCGCUCCCUCCCGACGUGUGGCCAUAUCUGGUGCCGAAACGUGACGGGGUGGGGGGGAUUCCCCCAGCUCUUCAUUGUGGGGACCACUGCUCUUUGGAUGAAUCGCUCUCCUUCCUUACCCAGUUGCCUCUCUGCCACCUUUGGAAAGGUUGCCAGAGCCCUGCCUGACCUUGGGCGGCCGCGCUCACAGAGCAAGCCCUCGUGCUUAGAGGGCAACACUGUGGACACCCUCGGGAGCAGCUAGUAGGAUGUGCUCAAGCAGCUAGUGGCCACCUGCCACCGUUUCCCUUUCAGAAAGCCACCCUUUGGAGCCCAAGCGUGUUGAACCUCCAUGAUGUGCCUGAGCUCCACCAGCAAAGACCUCCGCAGCUGCUUCUCAGUCCAGCUCCUAAGCCAUUGGGGUGGCCCCUUCACAAUCCAGCUGGCCCAUUUGGAAAUAGGCCCCAUUUCUAGGCACUCUGGGUUCAGUGGGGUCUGUUUAACAAGGGCCGCCCUGCCAUUUUGAUUUUCUUUUAGCCGUUUGUGAAGGAAGGAAUAUCUUCAUGGUCUGAAACAAACAAGUCUGAGUUUCGCGGUACCCAGUACUAGCAGCUGAGAUUUUGUUGUUGUUGUUGUUGUUGUUUUCGAUACGAAACAUUCCUUUUUUUAUUAGUCACAGUCAUGUAUUCAUUCCAUCCUUCCUUUUGUAAACCUUGGGCCCACAUGUUUUACGGGCAUUGAUAUAUAUAUAAAUAUAUAUAUAAAUAUAUAUGAAUAUAUUUUUUUAAGUUUCCUACACCUUGAGGUUGCAUGGUCUGUAAGGUUGGCAUGUCUUUAUAUUGUAUACAGAUUUUGCACGCCAAACUUGGCAGCUUUGGGAAAGAAAAAAAGACCUGUUUCUUUUUCCUCUCAUAGCAUCUGCAGAUACAGAGGUGGAACAUUUUCUGUCAAACAAAACAUGGAAGGAGAGUGGGGGAAAAAAAGUUUGCGUCUUACUGAAAUUAUUCUUAAGAAAUCUGCUUUUUAUUGUAAGAAAAAAGAAAAAGGACUACUUAAACAUUUGUCAUUUUAAGAAAAAAAGUUUAUCUAGCACUUGUGACAUACCAAUAAUAGAGUUUAUUGUAUUUAUGUGGAAACAGUGUUUUAGGGAAACUACGCAGAACACAAAAAGUAAACUGCCUGUGUCUUUGAAAAUGAUUUUUGAGGGUUUUUUUGGGUUUUUUUCCUUUUAAUUUCUUUUAAGUGGGGGUAAGGUGGGCACACCCUUUGUCAGCGAUUGUAAUAGUUCGUUCGGAUGAAAAAUGACAUGGACUUUAAAGAGUUAACCUUUCAGCACAGCUGUGUUAACUUUUUUAAUUACUUUUAGAUGAUGUAUUGAUAGAUUUCACUUUAAAAUAAGCAGUCGUGUACUGUGCAAGCACUGUGGUUUAAAAAUAUACUUUGCAUCGAAAGGAAAAAAAAAUGUUUCUUCAUUGUUAUGAAGCUGAGCUUGUUCUCAGUCCAGCUUCACUUUGUCUUUGAUAUUGAUUAAAAAGUAUCCUAUUGAAAGAAAAUAAAUCUAACUUUUUUUGUGUGCUCCAUAGUGGAGGCGCUAUUUUCCAAUUUAUGAGGAUGACAAACUUAUAUAUAUAUAAUAUAUAUAUAUAAAGGGCAGGGGGGUCGAAACAUUAUUCACCCAAGAGCUUAUUACAGAUAUGUAGUAUCAAAUGUUGUAACUAUAUUAUAUUCUACUUUAUACCUAUACAUGCUCAGUAUGGUCUCACCAUUGGUAGCAGCUACCAGUUUAUUCUGUAAUUUAGACACAAUUUCACUCUUAUCAUUUGGACCCGACUUUAAGUGCUGAACUUUUCUGAUGGUCCUUUCCUUCGCUCGGUGGAGUUGGAAAAUUUAGUUUGUUUUUUUUUUGUUUUCUCAUUCUAGUUUUUGUUUUUGGUUUAUUUUUCACUGGCCAAUGGUGUCUUUCUCUGACAGUACCGACUUCUAUUUCAACCUUAUUAGGAGUCCAGUAUUUUGUACCACAUUAUGACAACCUGUUAUUCUUGUGGUGUAAAUAAAAAGAAAAAGUUAAUUAUAGUACCACCAUUGUUUCUUUUAGUGAUUUUCUUCAUCUGUUGAUUUAUUAUGCUGAGCUCGUUGGGUAGGCUGUGGGGACUGGUAUUUAAGAGCAAAGUGAAAUUUGUCUGAUUGAUUUCCAAGCAAUCUGGGGGCUAAUGACAUCGAUUCAGAGCUGCUCUCUACCCUUCCCCUACCCCCCGCAAACACUGUGGAUACUUUCUCAUGUCUGUCUUGCAAAUCAUAAUUGAAAUGGUCGGACAGUCUAAAGACUCACCCUGCUCAACUUUAGAAUUUCAGAGAUAAAGCCUUUGUUAUCUUUGGGAAUGUUUAAAAUAUACAUCGAGAGAAGAAUCUGUCUAAACAAUUGCAUUUCACCCAUAGAUUGAUAUCAAAGACUAGCCUUUGCUAAUACAGAAAUGUUCAGGCCAUCCUAAUGCCUUUGUCUCUUUGGUCUUAGAAAUUGCUCUCGUUUUCACCUUAGUACAACCUGCAUUUCGUUUAUGGAUUCAUUUUUUAAUGGAGCAUACAGCCUUCCAUUCCAUUCUUGUUCACUCUGAAAUAAUAGUGGGAAAACAUCCCUGACUUUUCACU